GUGUAUGGGACGUGAAGUUUCUGAAGUUCCGGUUAUUAUAAUUUGGACGAUAAUUUUUAUGAUUCCUGUCGUGUUGUUGGCAAUGUCUAGUGCCACUGAAAACAAAGUCAAUGUUGAAACCUUUGUUCCG